AUGCGCGUGUGCUCCGUCCUCCUAGUUGCUGCAGCUGCUCUCAUCGCGACCAGUAAUGCUGUUGAGCCUUCCGCCACGUCAACCGUUGAGGUUGCUGAGGUUCAAGCGCGUGGUGCAGACAAACGGUUCCUUCGUAGCCUCCAGACUGAGGAAGAGCAAGGAGACAGCGAUGUCAACGAGGCAGAAGACGGUAGUGAAGAGAGAGGACUAUUCGCCUGGAUCAAAAACGCAGUGACUGGCGAUGUUCUUCUGGCGAAGGCGAAUAAAGGCGACUUCGAGAUGCAGACCAAGCUCUUCAAAAAGUGGAUAGAAGAAAAACCUAAAGUCCGACAAAACGCGAUCGCCAAGAUCAUGAGGGAUGGAGGACGCAAGAAAUACGAUACGGUGUUGACGGCGUGGAAGUACCACGAUAAAAGAACCGCCAAUGGUAUCGGCAUCCGUGGCGCUACCGAUGAUGUUGAUGAACUGCUUCCAGGAACUCUCAUCUACAGGGCAGCUGCCGGAAAUCAGGGCGCCCAGAGCGCACUAUUCAGCAUGUGGAUCGGCGCUGAAAAGAAAACUUUGGACACUGCGCGCAUACUCCUCUCCAAAUCUGAAUUGCCGGCCAAAGAGUAUAAGAGACUAAACAAAGCGUGGGUGCAAUACCGAAGGAAACACAAGUAA